UCGAAGUCAUUCCAACGACUGCUACGGUUCUAUAAGGAUCUGUUGUGAUCUAUUUGCUUUUGUAAAAUUUCGCAAUGACUGGUCGAGGAAAGGGAGGAAAAGGAUUGGGAAAGGGAGGUGCCAAGCGUCACAGGAAAGUUCUUCGUGAUAAUAUCCAAGGUAUCACCAAACCUGCAAUUCGUCGCUUAGCUCGGCGAGGUGGUGUGAAACGUAUUUCUGGAUUAAUUUACGAAGAAACUCGUGGCGUAUUGAAAGUUUUUCUGGAAAACGUUAUUCGUGAUGCAGUCACGUACACUGAACACGCUAAGAGAAAGACUGUAACAGCCAUGGACGUCGUCUACGCUCUGAAACGUCAAGGCCGCACUCUCUAUGGGUUUGGUGGUUAAAAACUUUCGUAGAUGCAGGUCUUUCAGUUAUUUCUUGAUGAUAAAAACGGCCCUUCUCAGGGCCACAAA